CACAGGAAUGAAAAUACCGCAAAAUAGAAUCCCAAGAUAUUGUAAAUCACGUGACAAUCUUUAGCCAAGAACCAUGAGGUCUCAUGUGAAAUACCACAAACACUUAUUCGUCUUCUUUCUAGUUUAAUAUUACUCCAAAACGGGAUCCCUUAAAAUAUAGACCAAGAAUGGAUUUUCCAAAAAUGAGGAUUCCUAAAUGUGGGUCUAUAAAAGGGUUCAAUUCUCACCUCUAGCACUGAGCAGGUGAAAUAAUACCAAAUGCAGCAAAAGCGCCAGCAGCAUGGUCGCCGCCGCAAGCCCGAAUAUGCGCAGGAGUCGAUACCGCCACCACGUCCGCGCACGCCCUGUGUUUGUAAACAGCGGAGAGAAUUUCACGUUUCUCACGCAGGGACGGAUUUGGGGGGCCGUUUGUGGAUGUGUGCAUGGUGAUCAUCACACUAUCACAAUUCACAUCACACUUGUGAUAGUAUAUGAAUGGAUGAAUAUUUACUUCUCUUUCAGGGAAAUUAAUUUAAAUGUAAUCUAGAGGUAUAAAUAGCUCUCGGGAAUAAGACGUACAGAGAUUACUUUUAAAAGGCGCUGGAGUAUUUCAGAAAAGAACAGCAAACUGACAUUGAAUUUAGCUUAUGUUCUAUAACUAGGUUUAGGAAAUUAAGGGUGUAGUCUCUUUCCAUAUUAGUAUAUACAUAUAUAUCCCAUUUUAUCUGGCUUUCAGACCUAUCGCAUGAAGUCAAAAAAUCAUCCCCAAGUACGUCCCUUUAUAUGGAAACAAUAGAGGCAGUAAACAGUGUGCAAUGUUACGAAACUGUAGCAAUCACUGUUGACGGCGAUGUUGGCGUGGGCGUGUGCGCUGGCGCUCCUCUUGUCCGCACCAUCACUAUGCACCUCAAAAUUCUACUUCUCGGCGGGAGCAUACCGGAGGUCUGAAGAGUGCCACCUGUGCUUCGAGAAGGACUGCAUGACCCUCGACCAGGCGCGCUGUGACUACUACGCAGAGGCUGAAGAGGUACUGAAGGAGGAUGAUGAGGAUCCUGGUGGAGAAGCAGACCCUGCCAUGAGGAAAGAAGUCGAUGAUCUGAUGUUUGAUCUGGUUGCUAAAGUUUCAGGAGUAUCUAACAACAUGGACUGCAUUCCUUACGUCUCUCGGUAUACCAACUGUAACAAAGAAAACGUGUGCCUCGGCUGCAAGACCUGUUCCUGCGACCCUGAAGGCCUGUGGAACUGCAGCAUCGUGCAGCCGUGUCACGGUCAGGACCCGCCCCUGAACAUCGACCACCGGGUCCUCAUUAUAGCCAUGGAGGCUCUUAUUGACAGCGAUUCUAUUAUACAAGGUCAAUCUCACAAGGUGAAGCGUUCCGUCACUGACAGCCCAGAGGAUACCACAUCCAGCACCAUUACAUUAGAACAACUGUCCGAAUGGUUCUAUGGAGUCAAGCCAUUGAGCAACUUGAAGAUUAGUACCACGGAUGCUCCAGCAAGAGACUCCAAAGUAACGGCCAUGGAUAAUGAUAAGGCCAUACUUACAACUACUGAACGUGUAUCUACAACGAAAACAUCUACCAAAAACACCGGAGACACAGAUUACGUAGCUUUCGACGAAGUACUUCGAAGUAUUGCAGUAGAUACUAAGGCUUAUAACAGAAGGAAACCUUUAACUGAUAAAUUCAAUAACCAAUCCUUUGACGUAGAUUACAUGGUCAUGGAUGAUGAUAAUAUCACUGGUUUCGUUAAUGAUGAUCUGUCUUAUUUGGUUAACUUUAUGCACGAAGAUGCUGCUGAAAUUAGUACUGAAUCGACUACGAAAGUUGUGAUUGAUUUGUUGGAAUCUGCUGGGAAAGUCAACAAGGGCAAUGUUACUGAAGAUGUUAUUGGUUUAAACAAGGAAGUAAAUUUAAAUGUUUUUGAAAACACCAAUGAUAUAAUAGACUACAGCGCUGUGAAUAUCAUGAAAAGAGAUGUUUCAGGACAGGAGAACAUUACGUCGCCCUUUGUCGCACCAACCAUUACAAUGAUUUUAAACACAACUAAUACUAGUAAAGCAGAUACCAAUAAAACUGAGGACAGAAUGGAUUUAAAGGAGGAUAUACUAAUACCAUUGAAUAAAAUUAUCAAAGAUAAAAUUAACGAAUUAGAAAACUUAAAGAGAAUUAAAGAUAAUCUAGCAAAAAUAAUAAUGAGUGACGAUGAUCUACCUGAAGACAAUAAAAAAGAUAAUAAUAUCAGUGAAUCACAUUUUUCUAUUUAUAAUCUAGCUUUGGAUACUCCUUUAAAUACUGACCUAAGAAGAUCCAAUCCAAACCUGUAUGAACAAGUAAUGGCAAAGUUUAAAAAGGAUAUUUUCGAAGUGAUACGGGACAUAAUAUUAAUUACAAAACACAGAAAGUCUGAUCUACCUGAGGACUUAAAAUUUCUCAUGCACGCAAUGAAACGAUAUGUUUAUAAAAAUAAAUUACUUGAAAAACCAAAAUCUGGGAAAAAGUCGAAGCGAUUCAAAAACUUUCGGAGGCAAAUGAAACAGUACGGCCGAUGUGACUUCAUAUCGUUCAAAGAUUGUUUAGUGCAAGUCAUAGAAGCUAUUGACAACAGUAUGGCAAAGUCUAAUGCCCUGAGUCCUCUGUCACCCGCUUCUAAGAGAAUUAUGAAACAUGUGAUACUAUCGUACUACUUUGACGAGAAUGCAAUGCCAGGAUUGAGAGUACAUGAUCCUCAAUACAAUAUGACGAAUGACUUAGCAAGCAUUGGCAGUCAGUGGCAGGGCAUGACGAAUAGUUUGCUGAGCAGCUCUUCGUUUGCAACCCUCUACAGAAUGAAACUAUUACAUUACGUUUUAUCUUCUGAUAUUGGCAAAAUGAACGAUGCUCUAGGUCUAAUAGACUUUGCUCACAGCAGGAGAAUGCUUCCGUCUCUAGAUAAUGUUAGUGAUGACGUAUUAGAAAAAAUAAACAAUGGAUUGACAGCGAUUCAUAACAAAGUACAAAUAAUAAUUCGAUAUUACUCGAAUGAACCGACGACUUUUAGACCUCGAGCAAUGAACGAAACUGAAACCAACACUACAACAGAACCCACAGACAAUCGUCAAAAGCCAAACCGUUCAUUCAUAAAGCAUAUUCGUACUUUAUUGCAAACUUCUAAGAAAGAUAUAGCUGAACUCCUUCACAGAAAAGUUCCAAAAUCAGAAAUAGUAAAACAACUAGCUAAAAAGAAGCUGGAUGAAAUAUCUGAGAAACGAUAUAAUGAGUAUGAGGAAACAAUGAGAAGAUGGCAGAAGAAUAUAGAAAUGGCAAGAUUCAAACGAUCAGGUUUGGAUAGUUUCAAGACGCGAAUAAAGAGCAUCAUACCUAAUUAUCUAAGACAUAAGGUUAAUCCGAAGAUCUCAGAGAGUAAGAGAAAUGCUACAGCGACUGCAGUUCGUAAGGCAGAUGAAAGGAAAAAGAAGCGGGACGCUUCAAAACGUGAGCGCCAAUCAAGAAGGUCUACUUCACCGACGUCGUCUACAAAGAAGGUGACGCCGAAAUCUAAAGCAGUGAAUUCAAAAUAUACAGCAGUAACUUCAAAAGCAAACACCGCCGUCACGAAACCCAUCCCUUCUGCCAAACAUUGAUAGGAUAAGUCAUCAAUAUCCCUGAAUUCUGUGAUUAAGUUUAUCUAAAGUACAAAUAAAGUAACAAUUUUAAACUA